UCAUCCAUUGAUUGUUUAUAAUUGGCAAACAAAAGUCUUAACGAAUAUCUAAACAAAAUGAGCAAAGCCGAGUGGGAAAACAAUGAAGAAAUUCAAAUAUUUCGCGAAUACCUGCGUAUACCCACGGUACACCCAAAUAUAGAUUACACCGAUUGCGUGGCAUUCCUGAAACGUCAGGCAGCCAGCCUGGAUCUGCCGGUGGAUGUGGUUUAUCCUGUGAACGAGGCCAAUCCCGUUGUGGUAAUGAAAUGGGAGGGCACUGAGCCUGAGCUGCCUUCCAUCAUUCUGAACUCGCAUACGGAUGUUGUGCCCGUCUUUCUGGAAAAAUGGACUCAUGAUCCAUUCAGUGCGGAUAUCGAUGACCAAGGUCGGAUUUACGCGCGAGGCUCGCAGGAUAUGAAGUGUGUUGGCACUCAAUAUCUGGCCGCCAUUCGCGCACUGAAGGCCUCCGGCUAUAAGCCAAAGCGAACCUUCUACUUGACCUAUGUGCCCGAUGAAGAGGCUGGCGGAUUCUUCGGAAUGCGCGAAUUUAUUAAUGGGGAUUACUUCAAGUCGCUCAAUGUGGGCCUCAGCCUAGACGAGGGCUCCUCCACAUUGGAUGACUCCUAUUACGUCUACUAUGCAGAGCGAACCGGAUGGCAAAUUAGAUUCAAGAUCAGCGGAACAGCCGGCCAUGGCUCCAUAUUGUUGCCCAACACUGCCGGCGAGAAGCUCAACUAUAUUGUGGACAAGAUGAUGGGCUUCCGCGCGUCCCAGGUCCAGGCACUCAAGGACGAUAAGAGUCGUUUCUACGGCGAUGUGACCACUGUGAAUCUAACAAUCGUGGAAGGUGGCGUGCAACGCAAUGUGGUGCCUGCCCUGAUCGAGGUGGUUUUCGAUCUGCGCAUUGCCAUCGAUGUGGAUCUAGUUGCCUUGGAGAAGCAGAUACGCGACUGGUGCGAGGAGGCUGGCGGCGGCAUUGAGAUCAUAUUCGAGCAGAAGGACGAGUUUGUGCCACCCACCAAGGUCGAUGACUCGAAUCCGUUCUGGACAGCAUUCGAGGGCGCCUUGAAGGAAUUCGACAUCAAAUACCACACCUACGUCUGUCCCGGCAACACCGACAGCCGCUUUCUGCGUGCCAUUGGCAUUCCGGCUAUAGGCUUCUCCCCCAUCAGAAACACACCCAUUUUGCUCCAUGAUCACGAUGAGUAUCUAGGGGCGGACACAUAUUUGGAAGGCAUCAAAGUUUAUACAAAGCUCAUAGCAGCUGUUGGUAAUGUGUAAGGCAACCUAUUAUAUAUAUUU